AUGAUUCCCUACCUCCUUCUAGCUGCCGCACAGCUCUUCGCCUCAACAUCGGCCGCAUUAACCUAUAAUGGCGCUGAUAUCUCUUCUCUCCUCGUCGAGGAAGGUAAAGGCGUUUCUUACAAAAACCUCGCUGGCACACCGGAAAAACUGGAAACCAUCCUAUCAGCCAGCGGCGUCAACUCUGUUCGGCAGCGUAUCUGGGUGAACCCCAGUGAUGGAUCAUACGACCUGGACUAUAACGUUAAGCUCGCGAAGAGGGUGCAGGCGCAGGGCAUGGGCACCUAUCUUGACUUGCAUUACAGUGAUACGUGGGCGGAUCCGAAAGCCCAGACAACUCCCUCGGGCUGGUCCACAACUGACAUUGGGAUCCUAGCCGGGCAAGUGUACGACUACACACUGAACGUAUGCAACACGUUCGCGGCCAACAAGAUCGAUGUAGACAUCGUCUCCAUCGGCAACGAAAUCCGCAACGGCCUGCUAUGGCCUCUGGGCGCAACAAACAGCUACAGCAACAUCGCGCGGCUUCUGCACUCCGCCGCGUGGGGUGUGAAAGACUCCAAGCUGGAAACAACUCCCAAGAUCAUGAUCCACCUCGACAACGGCUGGGACUGGGCCGCCCAGUCGUACUUCUACAAUCAAGUUCUGGCAUCUGGGUCUGGGCUCCUCUCCACGGACUUCGACUAUAUUGGCGUCUCUUACUACCCCUUCUACAAUGCGGAUGCGACGCUCGCUGCGCUGAAGACGAGUCUCACGAAACUGCACUCUACGUACAAGAAGGAGACGCUGGUUGUCGAGACGAACUGGCCGUUUAGUUGUCCCAAGCCCGAGUUUGCAUUCCCGUCGGAUCUCAAGGAUAUUCCAUUUUCGGUUGCUGGGCAGCAGACUUUCCUUCAGAGGCUUGCUAAGACUGUGGAGGAUGUUGGUGGAUUGGGAAUUUAUUACUGGGAACCUGCUUGGGUUGAUAAUGCGGGACUUGGGAGCAGCUGUGAUGAUAACUUGUUCUUUGCUUGGUCGAAUGACCAGGCUAGGGCUAGUCUAGAUACAUUGGGUGGUCUGUGA